UUUUUUGCCCCCCUUUCGUAGGCUCUUGCGGCCAAUGCUGGAACAGGAUUUGCUGUCGCCGAGCCUCAGAUUGCAAUGUUUUGUGGAAAGUUGAAUAUGCACGUGAACAUUCAGACUGGGGAGUGGGAACCUGACCCAACAGGCACCAAGAGCUGCUUUGGAACAAAAGAAGAAGUUCUUCAGUACUGUCAGGAGAUGUACCCAGAGCUACAGAUCACCAAUGUGAUGGAGGCCAACCAGCCAGCCAGCGUGGACAACUGGUGCCGGCGGGACAAGAAGCAGUGCAAGAGCCACAUUGUGAUUCCGUUCAAGUGUCUCGUGGGUGAGUUUGUGAGUGACGUUCUGCUGGUCCCAGAGAAGUGCCAGUUUUUCCACAAGGAGCGGAUGGAUGUGUGCGAGAACCACCAGCACUGGCACACUCUGGUCAAAGAGGCCUGUCUGACCCAGGGGAUGACCUUGUACAGCUACGGCAUGCUGCUGCCCUGCGGGGUCGACCAGUUCCACGGCACCGAGUACGUGUGCUGCCCUCAGACCAAGGCCAUGGAGUUGGCUGUGUCAAAGGAAGAGGAGGACGAGGAGGACGAGGACGGAGAGGAAGAGGAGGAGGAAGACUAUGAUGUUUAUAAAAGUGAAUUUCCUACCGAAGCAGAUUUGGAAGACUUCACCGAGGCAGCUGCGGAUGAGGAUGGCGAGGACGAGGAAGAGGAGGAGGAGGAAGUGGUGGAAGACCGAGACUACUACUAUGACACCUUUAAAGGGGACGACUACAACGAAGAGACCCCGACGGCGCCCAGCAGCGACGGGGCCAUCUCAGCAAAGGAAAUGACUCACGACGUUAAAGCUGUCUGCUCCCAGGAGGCGAUGACGGGGCCCUGCCGGGCCGUGAUGCCCCGUUGGUACUUCGACCUCUCCAAGGGAAAGUGCGUGCGCUUUAUAUAUGGCGGCUGCGGAGGCAACAGGAACAAUUUUGAGUCUGAGGAUUAUUGUAUGGCUGUGUGUAAAGCGAUGAUUCCCCCAACUCCUCUGCCGACCAGCGAUGUGGACGUGUAUUUCGAGACCUCUGCGGAUGAUAACGAGCACGCCCGCUUCCAGAAGGCUAAGGAGCAGCUAGAAAUUCGGCACCGCAACCGGAUGGACAGGGUAAAGAAGGAAUGGGAAGAGGCUGAGCUUCAAGCGAAGAACCUCCCUAAAGCAGAGAGGCAGACGCUGAUCCAGCACUUCCAAGCGAUGGUGAAAGCUUUAGAGAAAGAAGCCGCCAGCGAGAAGCAGCAGCUGGUGGAAACCCACCUGGCCCGGGUGGAAGCUAUGCUGAACGACCGCCGCCGCAUGGCGCUAGAGAACUACCUGGCUGCCUUGCAGGCCGACCCGCCGCGGCCUCAUCGCAUUCUCCAGGCCUUGCGGCGGUAUGUCCGCGCUGAGAACAAAGAUCGCCUGCACACCAUCCGUCACUACCAGCAUGUGUUGGCUGUGGACCCAGAAAAGGCGGCCCAGAUGAAAUCCCAGGUGAUGACACAUCUCCACGUGAUCGAAGAAAGGAGGAACCAGAGCCUCUCUCUGCUCUACAAAGUGCCCUAUGUAGCCCAGGAAAUCCAAGAGGAAAUUGAUGAGCUGCUUCAAGAACAGCGUGCAGACAUGGACCAGUUCACGUCCUCUAUCUCAGAGACCCCUGUGGACGUCCGGGUGAGCUCUGAAGAAAGUGAUGAGAUCCCACCAUUCCGCCCCUUCCAUCCCUUCCCGUCCUUACCUGAGAAUGAAGACACCCAGCCGGAGUUGUACCACCCAAUGAAAAAAGGCUCUGGCUUGGGCGAGCAGGACGGAGGGCUGAUAGGCGCCGAGGAGAAGGUGAUCAACAGCAAGAACAAAGUGGAUGAAAACAUGGUCAUUGAUGAGACUCUGGAUGUGAAGGAGAUGAUCUUCAAUUCUGAGAGAGUUGGAGGCCUUGAGGAAGAGCCGGAAUCUGUGGGGUCGCUGCGGGAGGACUUCAGUCUGAGCAGCAGUGCCCUCAUCGGCCUGCUGGUCAUUGCGGUGGCCAUUGCUACGGUCAUAGUCAUCAGCCUGGUGAUGCUGAGGAAGAGGCAGUACGGCACCAUCAGCCAUGGGAUCGUGGAGGUCGACCCCAUGCUCACCCCUGAGGAGCGCCACCUGAACAAGAUGCAGAACCACGGUUAUGAAAACCCGACCUACAAGUAUCUUGAGCAGAUGCAGGUCUAAGGGGGAGAAGGCGCAUGUCCCCCCCACUGGAGUGGGGGUGCAGGUGGGCCAGGAGGUCCGUGUGUUGGAUCGACUGCUGACCGACAGUUACUUCCAGAGGAGCUCAUCUUACAUUCAGACCUCUUGGAUCACUAAGACUAUAAAGUACUACUGUAGGAUCACAAUUUCCAUUCUUUUAAAUGGGUGAAAAUGUUAAUAUAACUAUAUGAUAUAUAAACCUUAAAGAAAUGAGAAAAUGGUCUAUUGCAGAUACCUGACUGAUGUAGCUUUCUUUUUUAAAUUAACCAGGCAUCCCCUUCUGUUGUGUUGUCUCACGUGCUCUCCAUCGAUGUGGGGGUGCUGGUUUGCAGUGACACCGUCCAUGCAGGGCAAUGUCCCGGUUGCAUUAAUAAGUCACUGAGGCUCAUCCACUGUCCUGGUUCUUAGUUUUUAAAAGGCAGUAUUUCCUUUUCCAAUGAGCUUCAGGAAGUCGCUGAGAAACUAAGUGGGUAGGGAACUGUGAGACCAUUGAAGCACAUCCGAUCCCUCUCCAAGUCAUUGUAAAGGACCAGUUUCCUGGGAUCUAGCGUUCCCGCUGCUGGUUCCUCAGUGUCACCAAGGAGUUAAAGCAUUUGCGUCCCAGCAUCUUUGAGCGGAGCCCGUGUACACAGAAUGGGCGCCCACACUCCUCUCCUUCGAAAUCCAGUUCUUCCACGGAUAGUAGCCUGUAGUGUGUAUAUGACCUCACCGUCCACCGUUCACCCACCGUAGCUUUUUACACCUCACUCCCUCCACGUAAUGUCCGAUGUGCUGUCUUUACCUCCGUGGACAUUUCCCUCUGAAGGCACUGACCCGCCUCCCGCUGUCCCCUGACUGCCUGCCCUCCCCCCGCACCCGCCUGGUGUUCACUCAGAAGAUGACCAUCACGGGGCAGUGCCCGGAGACACGGGGCUGGCUUUGCGUAGCAGGAGGCCGGGCGAUGCCUGACACAUGCAGCGCGGCGAGGCUUCGUUCCUUCCCACGCCUCUGUCAUGCUUGUGUAGUUGAUGUUGAUGUCACCGCUUCCUCUUUUUUUUUAUUCUGAAGGUUCUGGUAACCUGUGGUGUAUUUUUUUCUAUUUCCCUGUGACUGUUUUUCCCCCUCCCUUCCCCUUAUCCAUGUCUCUCCCCACUAUGCACAGGUAAACUUCACCUACAAACUCCUUAAUCUGAUCUGUGGAGAAUGUACAGAGUUUAAACACAUCAAUAAAUACUCUAACUUCCA